GGAGCAUCUUUAGAGAAAAUUAUUUGGGUUUCCCUUUUAUCUCUUUUGUUUUGGAAGGGGGACUGGGUUAAAAGGUGAACCCUACAGGGCAACCUCCUGCCGUUAGGUCUCGGCCAAAGUUUCUGCCGGUCAAGUUUGAGGCUUGAGCGAAAGAAGCCCCCGGACGUUGUUGAUUGACCAGUGCCUCACAGUAGCCUCCUGGCAGGUCAGCCAGCACGACAUUUGUCUCUGGAUUCUUGCGAGGGGGUGGGGUGGGGGGAGCAGUCGCUCCUGAGCCCAAAUCGCCGCUGCUUCGGGCAGAGCGGCAGCUUCUGGAGAGAACUCGGUGGCUGGAGCUGCAGAGCAGUGGGCGUCGGGCACCGAGCGGCACGCAUCGGGCAUCGGCAGAGCUUCAUCUCCGGACAUGGACGAGAUGUAUCUGAGGGACCACCACCACCGCCAUCACCACCACCAGGAGAGCCGCCUCAACUCGGUCUCAUCCACGCAGGGCGAUAUGGUGCAGAAGAUGCCCGGGGAAAGCCUCUCGCGGGCCGGCGCCAAGGCCGCGGGCGAGAGCAGCAAGUACAAAAUCAAGAAGCAGCUGUCGGAGCAGGAUCUACAGCAGUUGCGGUUGAAGAUCAACGGACGCGAGCGCAAGCGGAUGCAUGACCUGAACCUCGCCAUGGACGGGCUGCGCGAGGUCAUGCCAUAUGCGCAUGGGCCCUCGGUACGCAAGCUCUCCAAGAUCGCCACUCUCCUGCUGGCCAGAAACUACAUCCUCAUGCUCACCAGUUCCCUGGAGGAGAUGAAGAGGUUGGUUGGUGAGAUCUAUGGGGGCCACCACUCGGCCUUCCACUGCGGGACCGUGGGCCACUCGGCCGGCCAUCCGGCGCACGCCGCCAACGCCGUGCACCCGGUGCACCCCAUCCUGGGCGGCGCGCUCUCGUCCGGCAACGCGUCGUCACCGCUGUCCGCCGCCUCGCUGCCCGCCAUCGGCACCAUCCGGCCUCCCCACUCGCUCCUCAAGGCGCCCUCCACGCCACCCGCGCUGCAGCUGGGCAGCGGCUUCCAGCACUGGGCCGGGCUGCCCUGCCCCUGCACCAUCUGCCAGAUGCCGCCGCCGCCGCACCUGUCCGCUCUCUCCACCGCCAACAUGGCCCGGCUGUCGGCCGAGUCCAAGGACUUGCUCAAGUGAGCAGCGGGCCGGGCCGGCUGCGGAGGAUGAGGGGCGAGCGGAGGGAGGGGUCGAGGUGCCGGGCCGGGAGGGAAGAGGGUGGCUGGGAGCUCGGCCGGAGGGAGGGUGGGCGCAGGGCCCCGAGGCCUCCCACACAGUCUGAGAGCUCUCAGAUCCCACUUGACCCCCGGAGGGAAAGGACUAAAAUCAAACUGCAAUUUCUAGGUGGUAGCGAAGGGGGACUCGAACCAGAUGUUGUGUGUCUUGCAUGCAUGCUUCCUUUCUCCAUGCCGCGCCAGUAUUUCUCACUGCCAUAUGCUCUUGUCAAAACUGCAUUUGUUGUAUAAAGAUGGGAUCGGUGUAAACACUUGCGAAGGAACUUUAGAGUUGGCUUUCUCUGGCUUUUGGAAAAGACAGCCAUCCCUUUGGUGGGAAACAAAUGUAAAUAUUUCCUUGAGAUGGAUGCAGUUAUGAUGGUCUAUCCUUUCCACAGUUGUUUUUCGAGAGACAAUAUGGAGAGAGAGAGAGAGAGAGGAAAGGGAAAAUCUCAAGACCCAAGUUUGGAAUUUCACCUCCGCAUGACAUGUCUCCUGUGGGUUUUCCUUAAGACGCAGUGUAGGUCGAAAGAACGCAUGCAUGCUUCUCAAUGAAUCUCAUCUAAACAUGUUGUGCAGGCCGUGAUACCAUUUUCCUUGUAACAAGGAUUUAUUAGUGAAUUCUCUGAAGUACUCCAUAUAUCUGUCUGUGGUUGUAGGAAAUGCAAAAGGGGACAGAGUGCAAAGACCCAAACUCACGCACUCGCGCUUCUCCCCCACCCCACCUUCAAACUCCAUUCCCAACUCUCCCGGGCUGUUAUAGGGGCAGGUGUUGCAAGAGCUUGGGCUCCCUCUACUAGCUUGCCCCCACACCCCUUGCUCAGUUAUCCUGCAUGCAGGGUUGGCUCUCUCUAUCAUCAGCUUUGAAAACUUAUUCGUGGUUUGGGGAGGGAGGGGGCGCCGUUUUUAUUUUCCUGAACAUUUGCUUGAAAUAUUUUGUUAGGGCUUCGAAGACAAGACCUGUCUUUAUUUUUUAUAUAUUCUUGAUAACUAUGAUAUAUUUAUUAAUAACCAGUGUUUCUGGAUGAGAUUUCAAAUAAAAAAGAAACUUUAAA